UCACUUUCCUACAUCAGUCUUUGCUCAAACUUCACCCAGUUCGGAAUAAGAAAACGUUGUCCGCCAGUCCUCCUGACGAUCAGGUGCACAAUCGCCUCAUCCUAUAUACCACGGAGUAAUAUCUAGAAUUAUUUCACGCAUACUACGACAAACAGACAAACGACACACACACACACACACACACACACACACACACACAGACGCAACGUAUAUGCAAAUACGAUGAUUAAAAUUACGAUUAUACUCUUGGUGAGUUGCAACUGUAUCGCCGCUAGCCUUGCCGCCCCGACAACGUACGACCAACGCCAAGAUGGUGAUAUCAAUUUGGCAGCGAAGCUUGAGAACAUCCUCAUUCUCAUAGCCACACCAUCGAGUUCGACCUCUCCCACGGAGGGAACGAGCGACAGACUAGAGACCUAUUUGACUAUGCUCAACAGUCGUGAUCGCACCGGAUUUACACACCUGAAGAAUGCCGGAUCGAUAAAUGUGGCCGAUAUUCUUCCCGCGUUAAAUGCACGUCAGGAUUUGCCGCGUAAAAAUUUGGAAAUUUCUUUAUCUUCCGCCGAGGAUCAGCAGGAGCAAGAAGCGGGAUCGGCAACAGCUGUGAUCGUACAGACCCUAAAACAAAGAGACCCUUCCGCGGCAAAGGCAAGGAGUUUGCAGUGGAAAAAUGUCGCAGCAGAUUUAUUAAUCCACGACAAGCCGGAGGAGUCCUUGAAGCAAGAAAUCUCCCGGAGGAGUCUGGAUAGAGAUCUCGAAACCGGAAAUUUUGACAACGGUGGGCAAAGCCGUUCCGGCGAUCACAACGAAGUUGGUUUGGUUGCCGAUCAUCGUCUAACUCUUAUAGGAACGGCAAUUGAAGAUUGUGGACCGUAUAGGCGCCGAAACAGUUACGGCAUCUGUCAACCAUUUUUCGACUAACUCGUGCAUACAAGUUUCAAAGUUCCUUUUCAAUUUCUUUUACAGCACCAAACUCGCGUGUUAGCUUAAUUAAAUACUCGAUUUAUAAUUUAUAUUACUUAUAAUGAUGUAAUUGUUAGCUUGAGUAAAAAGUUAAAUCAAUUAAUUUAACCUCGUUAAAUUUUCACUGGGAUUUUGCAAAAACAUCGAUAUAGACCGCUGAAAAUCAACAGAGACGCAGGGCUGUUGUAAAGCGUGCAUCCGAUCAUGACGUUGAUUUAUUGUCAAUAAUACACACAGUAGGUACUCUGGCUUUACGAUCAGCCUGAUAGCAUAUUCAAUAGUAUAUCAGCAUGUAGCAUGUAAUGUCGCACCAUUAAAGUCUGUAGGUCAAACCUACUUGCUUAUUUCAUUCGUUUGUCAACUGAGUGAGCAAUUUAAUUUUUAUUUAAUUGUUAAUUUAUUUAUUUUUUUUUAAUUUAUAAGUUUUUCAUUCUCUUUUUCUAAUGAAUAAUCGUCACAAUCAAAUCUACGGUUCGCAGUUCGUUAUUCAGUUAAUGUGACGCUUUUAUUAGCUGGAAUUCGAGUUAACGGUCCCGCUUCGAUUCAUAGUUUCAAAUAUCAAGCUAAUUAUAUUCAUUUUACUUCAAGCUUCAGUUUUAAUAUAAUAAUUUUAUGGUCAACUGUCUUUAUUGAUGCACGUCAUACUGUGAAUGUUUCAUGAAACGGGCCCCGAGCCGUUUUGUGAUUGGGAUGACGUGCUAAUGGCGCAAGUCCCGAUACGUUGUCUCAAGAAGCUCAGAGGGGUCCGUUUUUUGAAAUAUAGAUGGUAUGUGCGUUCAUUUUCUAGCUGAAAAGUCGAAGUUAAAUCAAUACUACGACUACUGUAAUGUAUGCAACAUGAAAUAAUAAAUGAAAUUGUAAAAUAUA